UGAAUUUAAAAGUAUCUUCACCCUAGUCAUAUGAUAUUUAAUGAUUAUCGCUAAAAUUUCAAUUAGAUGUUGAGAGAUAAUCUGCUAUUCCCACUUUUACAAAUAAUAUGGGAAGAGUACCGAAUAAAAAGAAAUUCAAAUUAGCAAAAUCAAUGUCAUCAAUUAUAAACUACGAUUUAGAAACGGAAAUCGAAAUUGAAAAUAUUAACAACUCUCAGGCUUCGAGAAGUUCGGAUGUAUUGCCAGUCAUUAAACAGUUGUCUUCAGCUGAUCCUACUGAGCGCGCAUGGGCGGCAAGUUGUGCGUCCAAUUUAAUAGCAAGCGAAGAAAAGAUUCGUCGUCUUUUGUUAUCAAAGGAUCUCAUAAGAUUAUUAAUAGAACGUUUAACUGAUGAAGUCUAUGAAGUAGUUUAUGAGUGUGUGGGUACUCUAAGGAACCUAACGGCUAUAGGAGAAUAUGAAAUAUGUGCCGAAAUGUUCAAUAAAGAUAUUUUAACUCCCUUGAAUAUGCUUAUCUCAAAAAUAUCCAUAAUUAUUGAUAACCUGUUAAAAGGAAUAUCUCAUAAAUCUGAUCCAAUUGAAGGCGCAAGGAAAAAUAUAUGGAUUUUUACGGAGAACAUAAUUUGCAUUUUAUGGGCUUUGAGUGAAACUUCACAAAAGGUACUUAGAAGGAUCAAUAAUAUGAAUAUAGUUCCCUUCCUAAUGGCUUUUUUUACUCAAGUUGAAAAAAUUCCUCUAAAAACUCUUGUUGCCGCUGCACAAUGCCUUCACACAAUAACGGAUGAUAAUUCAGACAUACAUGGUCAGUUUGAACAAAACCCACAAUACGUACAAGUAUUGAUGAAUGUUGUAAAUCUCGAAAUAACUACAAAUUUGAAUGAUGAUCAUAUACUCAUUAAAGUUCUGUGUUGUGGUAUUAUUUUGAACCUCAACUCUAUCAUUGUUUCCCCCAUUUCCGGGACUGAUUUUAAUAUAUACAUAAACAAUUAUUUAAAAUCUUGUUUAAAUUUUGAUAUUGAAAUUGCCGCCAAUGAAGCUAAAGAGGUAGCUUCAAAUAUAAAGAUAUCCGAUUUUGUAACAAAACAUCCUAAAGAUGAUUUACCUACAGCGGAAGAGGAAAAACUUAUUAGUAUAAAUUCAAAAUUAACGAUAUUGCAACUUGCCCUCGAACUAUUGGCAAAAAUUUGUUUGGAAUGUUUCUCCCAAGACAAUGACAACCUCCAGGAUGAAAUGCAAAAUGACGAUGAAAUUGAAAUUAACGAUAGUUUCAAAGAAAAUAAAAUCAUGGAUAUUGAUGAUCAAGUGUCAAAUACUCACGACCAAUCUCUUCUAAAUGGACCGGAGCAUCUAAUUUUGAAUGCAUUCGCCACUGAUAUAAUUUCAGAUCUUAUCCGUUUAUCUAAGCCAACAUCUCUUUCAUAUCCGGAGCAGUUGGGGCAUAAUGUUAUACCUGUGAAGUCAGUUGUACCUACAAUAACAGAAUCACUUGCAAUGGUACAUUUAAGAGCAGUGGAGUGUAUGAAUAACUUCUUUUUAACAAUGGUAGAUAUUGUUGAAGAGAAAUGGUGGUUUACUAAACAUCGGGAUGCCGCUAAAUAUACAUGGACAAGACUUGUCGAAUUAGCAAAUCAGGUUGCGGGCAAAGGUAUAAAAGUUGGAGCAGAAGACCCAGGACAAAAAAUGAGAGGCACUGUAUUGGAAGCUCUAGUUGGAUGCUUAUGGACUUUGGCAAGAGGUUUAAAUGGUGAUAUGCCACUUGUAGAAAAUCAAAUUCAAUCAUUUAUUCAAUGUUAUAAGUCUACUGUAUCGGAGUCCAUGCGUGUUAAAUUGAUUGGCACAUUGGGGGUAAUUGCAAAGAGACAAAACGCAAUAGAAGAUAAUAAGUUGAUUGGCACGUUUAUUAUUGGAAUAAUACGAGGUUUAUCAGAUUUAUCUCGAAUGGAUUCUCUUUCAAUUGAAUGCAUUGCAGAAUCAUUGAACGCUAUAUUUGAUAUUUAUGCGGAUAAAGAUUUUGACUACGACGAACCUGUAUUUGUUCAUGAAGGUUAUUUACAUAUAUUAGAAAGUAUAGCUGAUAAUGUUCAUAAUAUUACUAACUCAAUCGAUGAGAAAAAAUCACGUGAACAACGACUCCGUAUGGAUGAAGCAUAUAUCAAUCUUGUCGAAUUCAUUAAAUAUAAAAAAGAUGAACAAUUUAUUAAGUAAGGUAUUAUAAAACUAAAAAUGAAUGUAUAAUAUAAUUAAUUAAACUAUAUGAAAAAUAUAAUUACUAAAAAGAGUUGGCAUCAAAAUGCAUUAAAAGAUGAUUUGUUGAAAAGUAAUAAACAUUUUAUGAACCAGUAAAGAAUGAUCAACAAAUUAUAUGUAUGAUUAUAUAAUUUAAGUAGAGGAACCGGGUUAAGAUUGUUGACUUGUGAAAAAAAAAGAUCCAGAAGCUUCUAAUUUAGAUUCCCAUAAAAGUAAAUGGUCUGCAUAAUUUUAUUAAACCCGUUAUUUUUCAUGUUUGAAAACCGAGAUUCAAAGGGGUCUCAAUAAAAAAAAAAAUUUUUUGACAAUACUAUGAGAUUAUGUAAUAUUUUAAUCCUUUUAGCAAAUUUUCGCAUUUAAGAUCGCUUAGCAUUUAUAUUAUAUAAUCGACUCUGGGCCACAUUUUUUUGCUUGAUUAACAGU